CCAUGUCCGGGUUGUUACAGGCCACGCCCAUUUUUAUGAACAUCAAGCUCUGGGAAAGAAUGGCUGAAGUGCAUAUCAUUGGAGAAUUGGUUGGAGCUAAUGGAUUUCCAUCUGGAAGUCUCAGCUGCAAGUGGGGGCUAACCCUGGGCAGUGCUUGGAAAGUGCUGGAAGGUCUCCAAGAAGGACAAACACAAGUAGAUCACCCUCAAGAUGGAAGCUUUGCUAAGUGGUCACAUCCUAUCAACAUUCACCUCGCCUGCAAAGGUCUACAAGGAUGGCCAAAACUACAUUUCCAAGUCCUUCACGAAGAUUUCUUCGGACGACAAGAGCUUUAUGGAUAUGGCUUUUGCCAUGUUCCAACAGUACCUGGAAUUCACAACCUCGAGUGUGUAACUUGGAAACCCAUAGGGACAUUCAAAGAACAGUUUAUUGGUUUCUUUCUUGGUGGAAACCCUGAACUUAAAGAUGAAACAAGCAUAUACACUACUCAGGACAGGCAGAAUUUAAGGACCGAAGCAAUGGGCAAUGUAUCACUAAGGCUGGGUAUCAUUCUGAGAAACUUUGACAAAUUUGGAGUAGAAGUUAGCUAGCUUAUCACUUAUUGACUUUGGACUACAUGUAUAUUAUUGCUUGGCAUUGUAUCACUUGUAAAACAUGAUUAUGAUCAUUUGAAUGUUUUUUUCAACAUCAAAA